AUGAAUCGCUAUAUUACACUGACCCAAUUGGGUGAUGGCACCUACGGCACCGUUGUGCUUGGUCAGCGUAAGGAUACGGGCGAAAAGGUGGCCAUCAAGCGCAUGAAGCGCAAAUAUUAUUCCUGGGAGGAGGCCAUGAAUUUGCGCGAAGUGAAGUCGUUAAAGAAGCUCUCACACCCGAAUAUUGUUAAGCUCAAGGAGGUCAUCAGGGAGAAUGAUACGUUGUACUUUGUAUUUGAGUAUAUGAAGGAGAAUCUAUAUCAAAUGAUUAAGGAUCGUGAGACGCACUUGCCGGAGCCGGAGCUGAAGAGCAUUCUCUUUCAGGUUUUGACCGGCUUGGCUUUUAUGCAUCGUCAUGGCUUCUUUCAUCGCGACUUGAAGCCGGAGAAUCUGCUGUGCUCGGGGCCGGAGCUUAUAAAGAUCGCAGACUUUGGCCUGGCGCGUGAGAUACGCUCACGACCCCCGUUUACGGAUUAUGUAUCCACACGCUGGUAUAGAGCGCCGGAGGUGCUGCUGCACUCCACCACCUAUGGCAGCACCAUAGAUCUGUGGGCCAUGGGCUGCAUUAUGGCUGAGCUGUAUACGUUUCGGCCGCUGUUUCCAGGCAGCAGCGAGGUGGAUCAGCUCUUCAAAAUAUGCUCUGUGCUGGGCACGCCCAACAAGAACGACUGGCCGGACGGUUAUCGCUUGGCGUCCACGAUACACUUUCGUUAUCCGGAUUGCGUCAAGGUGCCACUGAGCAGCGUCGUCAGUCGCUGCAGCCAAAAUGGUUUGGAUUUGCUGGAGGAUCUGCUGGCGUAUGAUCCAGAGAAGCGGCCAACGGCACAGCAGUGCCUCAAGUAUCCAUAUUUUCAUGCGUUGAAACGCAUUUCACCCGCAGCGGCCACCAAGGCGAAUGUGAAGCUAAGCAGCAAAUACGGCAAUGCGGCUGUCCUAAAUACAAGUGUGUCAAAUAAUGUGCUUCCGGUGCAGGAGAAACUUCAGGCGGUGACUGAGCUCAUACAUCAGAGCAACAACAAUAACAGCAACAACAACAACAACAAUAUAAAUAUGAACAAUAACAAUGGCAAGCAUAUGUACAAUGCACAUAAGAAUGUCAGCAUGCCACGCAAUUAUGCGCCCAAGCUUAGUUUUCUCAGCAAUGGCGACUUGCCUGGCACUGAAGGCCUCAACCUGGGCCUGGGCCAACCACAACACCCGCAGCAGCAGCCCAGCGAGGAGUCCAUCAAUGAUAUUUAUCUCAACCGCAACAUCUCAAAUCUCUUUGGCUUGCCUGCCGCGCCCGUUGCGCCUGCGCAGCAUCCAAAUGUCUCCUUCAGCAACACGAGCACACGCAAUGGAGGCGCGAUCUAUGUAAAUGGCGGUCAACUUAGCUACGAUACUGCGCAUAAGAACGCGCGCAACAGCAACAGAUUGCCAGCGGGCGCUUAUUAUCUGCAUCCGCGUCCAGAUGCCAAGGUCUACAAUCUGUUCUCCAAGGUGAGCGCCACCCAAGCGCCGCCCAAUUUAAUUGUGCGCCAACAACAGCCGCAGCAGCUGCUGCAUCCGCCGCUGGAGCCGAGCGCUCUGAUUAACGGCGCCGCCUUAAGAUUGUCGGCGCGUUCUCAGGUGGAGCCCAAAGUAAAUCCACUGAAAGCCGAUGAUCUGGAUCUAAUACUAGGUUCGAAACUGAAAACGUCCGCCAAGCGUCAGCGCAAUGCCAAGGCCAACAUACUGCUCGAGGAUCUGUUUGGUCAGCUCUCGAUGGACUCGGACAGCGAUAGCAAGUAUCCGCAUACAGUGCCGCCCACGCAGCAGGCAAAGAGCGGCCAGGCGACAACGAACAGUUCACAUAACAAUGCUACACGCGAUUACUUCAGUGAGCGCUUCUUGGGCACCAGCAGCCAUAAGAAGAAGCCAAUGAAUCACAGUCUAGAGGUGCAGAAUGGCAGUCAGACUGACUCGACGAAUGCCGAAAACCAAAACGACUCCUCUUCAAAUGAUGAUGAAUGUCGCUUUUGGCCCAUAAGAGCUCAAAAGGCGCAAGCUGAGAAAAGCGCUGCAUUUCCCUGGGACGAGACCAAUAAAACUGAGGAUGAGAAAUUAACCGCCUGGAUGGUCGCCGAGAAUGGCUCGUUGUUGGAAAACAAGUUUUAGUGCAAAGUCUUGGAGCAAAGUAUCGCGUCGUACCUGAAAAACUCUGCAAUGUUUGUGGCUAACAAAUAUAAUUAUAAUUAU